UGUUAACGUUAGUAUCGUUACGAUGUUCCAAUUGAGCUUUUCCGUAAUCGAAUAGCGUUGGCUGGAAAUUUUGCAUUACGCGCGAAAUUGAAAAGUUUCAAGUUGCGUCGCGUUUAGGUGAUUGGUGCAAUUGACUGGGUUUAAGUUGGAAAUUUGCUCGCGAUUGGGACCUUGGAAACGAAAGCCGCGCGAAACUAUCGAAGACAACAAACGCCCAUAUCUGAACCUGCAAAAAUGUGAACUAAUGUUUAUGGAAACUACAUAGUGCGCGCAAAUUCGACGGGAAGCCAUGUGCCUGUUGGUUUUCUUUAAGUGCUCGUUCGUCUUUUUGACUCUGAUAUUUACCCUGGGGAAAGGCAUCCCAGCUAAGAAUCCGAAACAGGACAAAGUUUUGGAUAAGGAAUAUUGGUAUGAACAUGCCAGGAUCGCACUGAGGAAGCGGCUGCAAUAUGCGACCGAUCAAAGACCUUUCGCAAAAAAUGUCAUUCUCUUUGUUGGCGAUGGAAUGGGCGUGGCAACCACAACAGCUUCCAGAAUUUUGCGAGGCCAACGAAUGGGCAAUAGUGGAGAAGACCAUGAACUUACUUGGGACACUUUUCCGGCAGUGGCUUUGGCCAAGGAAAAUCCACGGGAAUAGUGACCAACACCAGAAUAACUCACGCAACUCCUGCAGCCCUUUAUGGACAUGCUCCAUCCAGAUACUGGGAAGACGACUCGAAGGUGCCGCCUGCUUCCAGGAAGUCCUGCAAAGACCUCGCCAGGCAGCUUAUUGAAAAUGAUCCAGGCAGGAACAUAAACGUUUUGCUGGGUGGCGGUCGCCGGCAUUGGCUUCCGAAAGUGGCACAUGACCCCGAACUAACCAAAGAAGAGGGACGCAGAUUGGAUGGCCGAAACUUGAUUGAUGACUGGAUGAGAGACAAAAAGAAACGCGGCUUAAAUGCGGAAUACGUCUGGAGCAAGGGAAAUUUGGAAAAGAUCAAACCGGCGGAAAUCGACUAUUUAUUGGGUUUGUUUUCAUAUUCCCACAUGGAUUUUGAAGUGGAUCGCGAUCCAGGCCCGUCUGGAGAUCCCUCGCUAGCCGACAUGACCCGCACAGCGCUCUCGAUAUUGCUCAAGAACCCCAAAGGAUUCCUGCUGGUUGUUGAAGGUGGUCGCAUAGAUCAUGCCCAUCAUUACAACAACGCUUAUCGAGCUCUGGAUGAAACUCUUGCGAUGGAAACUGCAGUUUUGGCUGCUCUAGCUAUGGUUAAUCCGACCGAGACUCUGAUCGUGGUAACAUCGGAUCAUUCGCAUGUUUUAACUCUUGGUGGACAAGCUACUCCUAGGGGUCAUCCGAUUCUUGGUCCGGAUAGUAAAGUCUCCGAUGUGGAUGGACAACCGUACACGACUCUAUUAUAUGGAAAUGGGCCUGGAUUUGCCACUCCAAGAAUCGUUCCCAUGAACACAUCGUCCGCAAUGGAGGAUAAGAACCAGGUGCAUGGCUCAGCUGUGCCCAGGCAAUGGGGCACUCAUGCUGGAGAGGAUGUGCCCGUUUACGCUCUGGGUCCUUUAGCUACGACUUUAUUCGCAGGCACUUUUGAUCAGAGCUACAUUCCACACGCCAUAGCAUAUUCUGCAUGUCUAGGAGAGCAUAGGCUGCGUUGCCAAGGCUUGGACAACUUUGUCUCAACUCCUCCACAUAACUGCACUUCCAAUGGUGAAGCAUCUGGAAACUCCGUGAACGGACAGCCCAUAGCUGUUGCCUCCAGUGUAAUGGCUGACGACAGUCACCGGGUUAGCUCAGAAGGAGUGGUGGAUAGUCUGGAGAAACUCCUUCUGUCUGUGUUGGCCUUCCUAUUGGUUGCAAUUACUUAGGUGGAGUACUGAUUUUCAAUGGUGCUGAUCAGGGUGUUUCGUAGUGAACAGCAGUGUGUAAAUGGAAAUUAUAAAGAAGUUAUUAUGUUGUGUUUUUAAAUGAAUAGUGUUUGUGUAUAUAAAUAGGUAUGUAUUAGUAGUAUAAUGGACCAAAGUUUUACUGUAAA